GCAACCCAAUCCCCACACUGCAUCCUCUUAUCCCACUCUUGAUACCUACUACUACUACUACUACUACCAUCAUCACCACUAUGGCGAUGCGGUUUCUCCUUGUAGCUUGCUCCUUGGUGGCCAUCGCCUCCGCUGGAAACUUCUACCAGGAGUUCGACGUCACCUGGGGCGGCGACCGCGCGAAGAAUCUCGACAACGGCCAGCUCCUCACCCUUUCCCUCGACAAGGCCUCCGGCUCCGGAUUCCAGUCCAAGAACCAGUACCUGUUCGGCAAGAUCGACAUGCAGAUCAAACUCGUCCCCGGGAACUCUGCCGGCACCGUCACCGCUUACUACUUGUCUUCGCAAGGACCGACGCAUGAUGAGAUCGACUUCGAAUUCCUGGGCAACCUCAGCGGUGAUCCGUACACGCUCCACACCAAUGUGUUCACCCAGGGAAAGGGAAACAGAGAGAUGCAGUUCAAGCUCUGGUUCGAUCCCACCGAUGAUUUCCACACCUACUCCAUCCUCUGGAAUCCCCGACACGUCAUCUUCAUGGUCGAUGGCACACCCAUCAGAGACUUCAAGAACCUGGAAUCGAGGGGCAUCGCCUUUCCCAACAGCCAGCCCAUGAGGAUCUACUCCAGCCUCUGGAAUGCUGAUGACUGGGCCACCCGAGGCGGCCUCGUCAAGACCGACUGGUCGAGAGCUCCCUUCACUGCAUCAUACAGAAACUUCAAGGCUAACACUUGCGUUCCAUCGUCUGCUACCUCCGAGUGUGCUUCCAACUCAGUUCCCAGCAAUGGUGGGUGGUGGAACCAAGAGCUGGAUUCGAUGGGCCAGCAGAGGAUGAAGUGGGUGCAGAAGAACUACAUGAUCUACAACUACUGCAGUGACCUCAAGAGGUUCCCGCAGGGCCUGCCUCCGGAGUGCUCCAUUGCCUGAGAGAACAGAGAGAGAAGUAGCAGUGUCAUUCUUUCAUUCAUCAUGUUUGCUGUAGUCUGCUGUCAAAAAGCUAUAUUAUGCGUGUAGAACAGAGCUAUUAAAAGCAUAGCGAGUAGAACACAACCAAUGAAAGCACACAUCGGCUUAUAUUCAUGAGUAGAUUUUGGAGCCGGACAAAUUAAUUUUAUGAUCUGAA